GGUUUACCAUCAUUGCAGUCUUCACUCUCCUUUUACCUUUGAGGUUCAUUCCAGAUUUGGUCCACCUGCUUUUUAAGGAUAUGGAAUGAUUCAGCCUUCAGUUUGGAUUCAAACAACAGAAACUAUUUCUUAGCUGGGGGUUUUGUGAGCAUUUUAAACUCUUAAGUCACUUUUAAACACCUGGUUAAUCUGUCCCGUCUGUUUCAUUUGCAACAUUGCUGCCUAUGACUUAUUCCCGAGGAGGAUUUGUGAGAUGCUAACCAGUUCCAGCUGAUCAACAAACAAACCACUCAUCCGUGCCGGUAAGGAUGUGUAAUUUCUAUACCUCAUACUCGCAUCUGUUGUUGUUUGUUGCUUUGUGGAGCCUCGGCUACCCGAGUCUGCUUGCUGCCUGGCCGGGCACCGGUCGAAGCAAGCCCAAGGAACAGCUGGACCCCAAUGUAAGGGACUGGGGAGACUACUCAGACCUCCCUCCAGGAAUCGAGCAGGGACUGGGGCUGGACGAAGACAAAGAACAUGGAGACAACAGAGGAGUUGGAGAGACAUCAAACCUGGCCCAAGAGCUGGAUUUCUUGGCUGAAUUUGCAGGUAAAAAGCGGCUGUGGGUGAUAACAGCCCCAUCACACAAUGACAACUAUCUACGUAUGAUGGAGAAACAGCUGGAAGAAAUGGAGCAGAAAGGGUUGAACUGCCACCUAGCUGAGAGAGACACCUUCAUCAUCACCAUCAUCCAGAAUGCCAUGAUGGAAGGUCGGAUCCAGAAAACAACUUUCCAAGGAGAAGCUACAGUAGAGAACUUAGACCCGGACACUGUUACCAAACUGCUGCACUACCUGGACCUUACCAACCAGGAGCAAGGGUUCACCAUGCUGGUUCUGAAGAAGAAUCUACUGGUCAGUGAGCGGUUCCCUUAUCCAGUCCGCAUUGAAGCAAUUUUGGAGCUCAUAGACCAGUUCCCCAUGAGGAAGCUGGAGAAGAUGACCAGAAAAGGAUCCAACUUGAGGUGUAAAACCACUAAAAAGAAGGUUGUGGUGAAAAGAAAAAAGAUGAAGAAGAAGAAGAUUGUGACCAGUUCUCAGAGGCGAGGAAAUGUGACUUCCGUGGUGGCAUUGAAAAGAAAACCUCCUCUGGAUAAAAAAGCUGCCUUAAGGAGUAAGAUCCAGGACAUCCUAAGUGGACGGUCGAGGUUUGUAAUCCGUAAGGUGCCUGCUGUGGGGUCCACGAGGGGAGAGGACUCGAGCAGUGGUGGUCAGGUCACUUCAAACAGACAAGGAAAAGAGAAAGCACACAGUCCUCUAUCUGUGUCAAGGAGCAAUGAAGAAGUUAAGAAAGACAGGCCUGACUCCAACAUGGAAGAAGGAAAGAAAAGACAGGGAGGGAAAAACAGUGAGGAUAAAAAAGAACAUAAUGUAAAGGAUGACACACAGGAAAAACAGAGCUCUAAGAAGAAGGGCAAAGGGAAAAAAGGAAAGAAAGGAAAAGGAAGAGGGAAAAAGUCUAACAGAGAGGCCGGUGAGAAGGAGAAAACAGCCUUGAAGGAGUUUUUGGACAGUUUAAGGGGAACACGAAGGUUGAUGCUGAUCUCAACGCCCAGCAGAGACGCAACGCUUUACAUCCAACAGAAAGAGGAGAACGAGAGGCAUCACUGUGACCUCGCUAUCAGGAAGAUUACCGUGGCUACCAUUGUGGCAGGCACUGACGCCACGCUCACGCUGCAACACCACCAGCUCGAAUCAGAGCCUCUUCUCAGUGACCUAUCAGAGCAGUUCUUAGAUUCAGGCCUGAUCUCCCUGCUGAGAGCUGAGUUCGGCCUGUCGUCCUCUGACCUCUUUUCCAUGACAGUCACAGACUACGACAUCAAGCCCAAUAGAGUCUUUGAAGCUCCACCAUCAAACUCUGCUCUGUUUGAGUACAUAGACAACUUUCCCUCAAGGCACCCAGAAAAAGAAAAAGAGAGAAAGAGUCCUCCAGUCUGCUCCAAAGACAAACUGCCUGGAGCUGAGAAUUCCCUGCUCAGGUUCAUGUCUAAGAGAAGACUGCUACUCAUCUCUGCUCCCUCUGAGGAUGACUACUCUUUCCAACAGCAGCUCUCGGCUCUCAGGGGACAGGAGUGUCAGCUGGGUAUUCGUCACUUUGCCAUGUUAAAGCUGACUGGAACCGGAGACAAAGCAUCAGGAACGGUUGAGUUAUUUCCUCUAAAUGGUCGUAGUCAGAGUGAGGUUGAGCCGUUAUCCCGUGACAUGGUCAAUAAUCUGAGAGAACAGCUGAAGAUCAGCAAAGACUACUUCAGCAUGUUGGUCGUGGGGAAGGACAGCGAUGUCAAGGCUUGGUACCAGUCACCCAUGUGGUCCUUGGAUAACAUCUAUGACCUGGUGGACUCCAUGGAACUUCGCCUCCAGGAGGAGAAGCUGCAGAAGAGACUGGGGAUCCACUGCCCUGAGGACAGAGGAAGAGGAGGCAGUGAGGUGGGACACUAUGGUGGCUAUGAUGAUGACAGAGUGGAGUAGGUGUGCUUAUAACGCAAAUCAGAAGAAGGAUGAGAAAAAAGGAAGAAGAGGAGGCAGUGGAGUGAGGAACACAACAUUCUUCACAUGAGACGUAAAAACACAUGAACACAUGGAUUUUAACAUCAGCAAACUAAUAAACAAUGACCUCAAAAACUCAUCUUCAGGACUUAAAGGAUUCAAUGUAUAAAUUCUAAAUAAAUGAUUUUGAUGAUGCAUCUGUUGGAUACCAAAGUAAUAAGCUGGAUAUUUUAUGUUUGAAAGUAAUAAAUCUGACAUGUGGAGCAGAAAUAGUUGAAUGGUUUCAUUCAAGAAAGUCUUAAUGAAAACAUUAAUGCACUAUUCAGCUGUUGUGCAGAAAAAAAGCUGGUGUUCUGUUAUUAUUUUGCUGAUUGUAGCAACAGUGGAAGAGGAAGAAUGUCCUGACAGGGCCAUGCAGACUGGGCUUUUUGGCAACACAUCUGUCCAGUCAUUUUCAAACACAUUCACCAUGUUGCACAAAAAUGGAAAGUUCCUGUGAAACUGUUUUUUGUUUUUUUUAACUCUAAGCUAAACAUCUGUUUUUAAAGAGCUGCAGUCUGUAGACACCUCAGGGUCAGUAAAACAAUGAAUUAUUGAUGUUGGACUCUUUGCAUGCCCCAGGACAUUCUUUUAUAACAUUUUUUGAACAAGGUAAUUUAACUCUUCUUCAAAGUUUUUCAGGUGAUUAAAAAAUAUAUAUACCUUGAAUGUAAAAAAGAAUGGUACCAGACUUUUAGUUCAACUGAACUUUUUCUACAGUUGCUAUUAUUAUAACACAUGGAAAAAAUGUCAAAUACUAUGAACGCAAACAUACAAAUCUA